UGUUAGUUCUUGGUUGGCCAUUUGCGACGUACAACCACCGCGAGUUUCGACCAUCGCGCACGGUGCUGCUCAUUCAUCUUCUCCAAAUAAAGUUGUGCCUUCUCUGUUGUUUUGACAUUAAGCUCCGAAGGAAACUGCCAUGAUGGUUUCUAUGAAGCGAGAAAGAGAGGCUGAAGUGGACGAUGAUGAUGAGGACGACGAAGACAUAGUGGCAGCCAAAGUAGGCCGAGGACGUGCAGCAGAAGACCGGAGAAGCCGCCACUGUCCUUACCUCGACACUAUAAACAGGAGUGUGCUGGACUUUGACUUUGAGAAACUGUGCUCCAUAUCACUCUCCCACAUCAAUGUCUACGCCUGCCUUAUAUGUGGGAAAUACUUUCAAGGUAGAGGUUUGAAGUCUCAUGCUUACACGCACAGUGUGCAGUUUACCCAUCAUGUGUUCCUGAAUCUGCACACUCUCAAGUUUUACUGUCUGCCAGACAACUACGAGAUCAUUGACUCCUCACUAGAAGACAUCACGUAUGUGCUGAAACCAACUUUCACCAAGCAGCACAUUGGAGGGCUGGACAAGCAGGGUAAACUGUACCGAGCCUACGAUGGUACGACCUACCUGCCUGGCAUCGUAGGGCUCAACAACAUUAAAGCCAACGACUACGCCAAUGUGGUUUUACAGGCUUUUUCCAAUGUUCCACCGUUGCGAAACUACUUCCUUGAGGAGGAAAACUACAUGGGGAUCCGGAGACCACCGGGUGACAUCAUGUUCCUCUUGGUGCAGAGGUUCGGUGAGCUGAUGCGCAAACUUUGGAAUCCGAGAAACUUCAAGGCUCAUGUCUCUCCACAUGAGAUGCUGCAAGCUGUUGUGCUGUGCAGCAAGAAGAACUUUCAAAUCACCAAACAAGGAGAUGCUGUGGACUUCAUGACGUGGUUCUUGAAUGCUCUGCAUGGUGCUCUGGGAGGCACAAAGAAAAAAACAUCAAGCAUCACAAAAGCGUUUCAAGGCUCCAUGCGGAUCUUUUCAAAGAAACUUCCACACCCAGAUUGUACACCAGAAGAGAAAGAGGCGUUGCUUGUGACGGAGGAGUACCAGGAGCAGAUGUCAGAGUCCACCUUCCUGUUUCUGACCCUUGACCUCCCAACAGCUCCACUGUACAAGGAUGAGAAGGAGCAGCUCAUUAUCCCACAGGUUCCCCUCUUCAACAUCCUGGGGAAGUUCAAUGGCAGCACGGAGAAGGAGUACAAAACCUACAAAGAGAAUUUCCUCAAAAGGUUCCAGUUGACCAAACUGCCUCCGUACCUCGUCUUUUGCAUCAAAAGAUUCACCAAGAACAACUUCUUCGUGGAGAAGAACCCCACAAUCGUCAACUUCCCCAUCACGAAUGUAGACCUUCGUGAGUACUUGACAGAAGAAGCUCAAGUGACAGAGAAAAACACAACAUAUGACCUCGUCGCCAACGUGGUGCAUGAUGGGAAACCAACCGAGGGAGCAUACAGAAUACAUGUUCUGCAUCAUGGAACUGGGAAGUGGUAUGAGAUGCAGGACCUGCAGGUGACCGACAUUCUCCCCCAGAUGAUCACACUGUCCGAGGCCUACAUCCAGAUCUGGAAGAGACAGGAGAGUGACACGGACACAAACAACCACACGGCGGUGUAAGUGAGACCACAUUCUCAACAUGGCCAGAAGGAAACUGGGUAUUUAACGGAUAAAACAACAACAUGACAGAAAUGCGGCUAAAGAGACUUUUUCUCUAAAUAAAUGUAUGUUUCCUGUGUUUUUUUCACAGUUUUAUGUUUUUACUAUGUGGAAGUUUCCAAAUAAACAAACUUCAGGACAUA